GCCCCGGUGCAGUUCACGAAUCUUGCACCACCCACCCUUCGACGCAGACGCACGACACGCCGCCACCACUAUGGACGCCUCCGACGAGUACGUGACAUGCAAUUCCUACAUCGACACCAAGACGAAGAAGUGGACGCUGAAUAUCUGGAAGUGCCGCUUCUGGCACAUGCGCAACCAAGUCCUGACAGUGUUCUACGAGAAAGCUGACGUUGCCAAGAACAAGUUCGUCCAGAAGUACACGAUUCUCUCUGGUGCGAAAUGGGAUGAAAGACCGUGGGGGAUCCAGGUCGAGACGAAGGAAGCAGGGUGGUUACUUGGUGUGAUCCAUUCCAAGGCGGAGUGGGCAGGCUGGCUACAUGCUUUCAUCGUAUUGGACCAUCAACUCAACCCACAAGUCCGACGCUUGGAAGCACGCCCUCAACGGUGCUCACUUGACUCGUAUCAAAGCAGCUCGGCUGGAAACUCCCCCAACGACAAUUCCGACGACAGUCCACUCGGCACAGUUAGCCCAUCACGACGAGUGUCGUUCAACGGCGGAGUUAAGGUGCGGACAAUUCCCGCGCUUGAAGACGAAGACAAGGGAGAACUAUUUUACACAGAACUCGAGCUGGGCAAAAUGAAGAAAGGUGCUCCCGGUGUCAGCAACGCCGUUUUGAAGCGAAGGCCGAUGCCAGUCAUGGCAUAGCACGUGUGCGCUCCGCGUGACUGCUGCAUAAAUGAUCGUAUUUACAACCUUGAUGUCCAUUCAUUUCACCUCG